GAUAGGUUGUGGUGUAGAUGAAUCAGUGCCCCGGCCACCUCUGGAGAGUGUUGGUACCAGCAGACCUGUUGGUUCCAGAUAACUUGACAAGGGCUGACCGGCGCUCACUAAGCCCUGAUAUAACAGCAUAUUUGGAACAGGGCAUAAGAACAUCAGCUGAUUGAAAUUCCUGAAAGGACGCUUUGGGACAGCUAUUGUAACUGUUGCAUUUGGGUCCCAUUUGUGUGUUUUUUGUGAUAUUUCAAAAAAAGGGUUUCCUUUAAAUGUCUCAAAGCACUGGGUUUACAUAGCUCCUUUAGGACGAAAUCAGUGCUUAUUGGAUCUGUGUCUUUUUUUUUAUACCAUUGGAUACUGCUAAUUACUGUUGUAACCAUUGGGAACUUUUCCUGACCAUUCAUCUCUCCUUUGUUGGAUUUUACAUCUUUUUGGAUUGUUGCUCUUCUCUUCAGCCACAGUGAUGUGAUUGAAGAAAAGAAGUAACAAUAACACGUAUUUGUGUAACCUGACCGACUCUAGUGAUGCCGAGAGUUGGUGCCAAUAAAGGUAUGGUCCAACAGCAGAUCGACAGCAACCUGCUGCGGCAGGCAUCCGCAAAAUCACUCAAGGUCGGCAUAACGCAAUUUGAGAUCCAUCGAAACAAAGUGCCGAAGAAGGUUAAAUUAUUGGAUGUGAAGUUAUCUUUUUCCUAUCAAGAAGAUUUUACAACAAAAACUGAGCGUCUUGAAAGACAGCUUGUUCGCCAUGGCAAGAAAUGGACAUGGCAGCCAAGCGAUGGUGACAAAAGUAUCCUGACAUUUUCGUACGCACCCGGCGACCGGGUGAACCUCAAUUUCGGACUCAUUGUGCACAAGACAAAGCGAAUGGGUGUGUUCAGUAGUGAGACUCUUACAACACAAGUUGGUAAUGUUACGGAGUGUAUUGUACUGGCUAAAAACAGUGGGGUGGGCGUGGCACUUCCAAUCAACACCACAAUCCACCACCACUUUCGGCUUAACUUCAAUCUUGGUGGUUAUGGCCACCACAUGACGGUCAAAAUGAGGCUGGAGCAGUUGGGGGAGACAAAGGCUAAUCCAUCGCUUUGGCUUCGACCUUGCUCGAUGGAGAAGCCGUUCCGAAGUGCUGGUUCCAUACUGUCCAUCCUCAAGGAUAGCGAUAGCUUUCCGCCUCGACAAAGGGUAACAGAUGAAGAGAAUGCCAGAAGCUACAUAUGUAUUAACCAAAGAUUGGUCAACAGUAACCGGUCAGCGGUGGUGGAGUGCUGGUCAGUUCGUCCAUGCCUGAGUGAGUCAGACAUUCCGUCCGGUAUCCAAAUCCGACAAGUGGCCACCAACAAGCCAGUGGCGUGUCUUCUUCCUGUUGUCGAGAACAUUAAUGGCAUUGCUGACGGAUCAGUAAACCAGAGACACCUGAAACUGUCGAUUUUGGUCAUAUGUCCAGAGGGUCCUUUUUGUUUGUGUUCAGCCAAGUGGAGAAGUCCAGACAAGUUUGACUUCAAACUGCACUACUACGAUGGCGAGGAGACAUGGGGUCAGCGCAUCAAGUGGGCGUCCCGCGACUUCCUGGACAUUGACCACAUCAUCAUGAACAGCACUGGUCAUCAGUACUACUUCAAACCCGACACAAAGACACCGCUUCAGGACCUGUGUAUCGGGCUCUGUGUCAAAUACCUUGUCCGCUGGAACGACGAAACCUUACCAUGGAAACGUGAGGGUUCACGACCUCUUUCUCUGCAUGACCUUGAACCUGAUCUUAGUUUCAGUUAUAAUAGCUCUGAAUCCCUUCCAAAUAAAUCCUGUGCCGCCAAUCCACUGGACACUCACAUGGAUUCUCUCCCAUCAUUUUUAGAAUCUCAAAACUUGGCUUUGUUUUACGACAUAGAGUCCAAAGUGUCCGUCACAAAGGUGAUAGGAGUACAGAAUGACAAAGCUCUCGCCCGAUUAGCACGGAAGGGAAGUGGCAGUAGCUACGAAAGUUUCCAAGGUGGUGGUGACCGUUACAUUAAGAAUGAAAAACGGCGAAGCAUCAAGAAAAAGAGUGCAAUAGAAAGUAAGAUAGACAGUGAUGGGGACGAUUUCACGUCAGGGUUUGUGGACGACUUCGCAGGGUGUUCAGAAACACGAACGGGCUCAUACAUAGAGUCGUACAUAGACUGAAGUGUUGUGAUGUAAACUUACCAGAACGUGUAUAUAGUCUUAUUAAUCUGUAAUGUACCCAGUUUACUGUGUAUCUUCACAUUUGCAGCUGUUGCAGUGUGAGAAGGUCAUCACAAACUCAUCAUGUUUAUACCCACAAACUCAUGUUUAUAUCCGUAAACUCAUGUUUAUUCCCGCAAACUCAUCAUGUUUAUACCCGCAAACUCAUCAUGUUUAUACCAUACACCACCCAUUUUAUUUGUGAAUGUUAAUUCCAGUAACAAUCAUCAUCAUAGUAGUAUUUAAAAUUUAUGUAUGUUGUCAUGAAGAUUUGUAUUGGUAUUUUAUCGAGUUAUACAUUCUUCAUCGUUAAUGUAAAAAUCUUUUUUUAAAUUUACAAGUAAAUUAUGUCCAUACUGUUGACCUAGUAGUUUUAGAACCAUUUGCUUUGUCCAUUCACUAGAGAACAUCAGUAAAGUUCUAUGUUCUGUGCAGAAGUUGAUGUACUGUACCAUAUUUUUCCGGUGAUAAACUCUUCUCGGGAUGAAGGCCACCCUUAUAGAACUAUUUUAAAGAUGAGAACCAGUAAUAUCAGGAAAUACAAGCCUUUAUUGUAUAAUUAUUUAAAUAGGCAGAAAAUGCAAGUCUAAUAGCCAAUAAACUGUCAAUUUGGAGACCAAUAUAAGUCUACUCGCUAAUUAAGUUUAUGCAGCUUGCAUCUUGUGCAGUGCAGUUUUGGCAUUUUAGUGGAAAAAAUACAUAUAUAGGUUAUCAAGUUUGAAACUUUUAGGUGAGGUCUAUACUGAUAAAGAGUAGACACUGAUAUAUCAGUUUUGUAGAUUUACCAUACAAGUACUGCUAAAAUAGUGAAAACUAGUACAGUACUGCAAAAAUAGUUAAAUACAGCUGAAGCAAAACAGAUCUUGUUGUUAAGAAAGUGUAAAGAGAACAGUGUAUCUGAGAUAAAUAUUGUUUAUAGAGUAUCAGUGUUUCUGAGAUAAUUAUUGUUUAUAGAGUAUCAGUGUUUGGAUUAUAUUGUAUUAACGUGGUGGCCAAGUGGUUAUGGUGUCGGACAUUUUGCUACCACUAGUCCUCCACCACUGGUUCGAGUGUAGGUCGGUGAUUUUUCUCCGGGAUCUCUGGCUUUCCUCCACCACCAAAACCUGGCACGUCCUUAAACGACCAUAGCUGUUAAUAGGAUGCAUUUCCUUGCUAUAUAUGAACAGUGUAAAUAUUAUGUUGCAUUGUACAUUAUAUCUCCUGGCUAAAUGAAAAAAAUAUACACAUAUAUACAAUUUAGAUUGAAGUGCAUCUCCUUGCUAAGUAUAGGUAGUUACAUCGUAUGUCCUCGGCUAGGACUUUACUAUAGGGGUAAAUUCUAUUGAAAGGUUACUGGUUCGAUUCUUCUCCAUUUUGUACCUGUUUGACUGAGAGUGAUCUGAGUCAUUGUCUAUAUUUCCCAUGUGGUUUUGUAUAUGUAGUGUCUAACAGAAGUCUGUAGUGUAUCUAGCAAUAUGAUCGUCCCGUAGUGUGUGCAUGUAUAUCUGUCCAUGUAGGACCUAUGAACACAAAAAUCACUGUGUUAACCAUUAGCAUCAAUUAGCAAUGUCCACAAGUAAUAGAUGCAAUUUUCAGUGUAACUCAACUGAAGCAAUACUAUGUAUCUGUUUAUGAUAUUAGAUAUAGUUUACAACAGACACAAACAAGUAGAAACCCUGUAUCAGACAUGCUUCCAACACGGAUAUUUUCAGUUUUGUAGACAAUUAAUACAUUAACAUGUAAAUAAAUUAUGUUGAUACAUGUAUGUUACAUGUUUUAGCUGAAAUGUUUUCAACUUCUGUCUAAUGUUUCAGAGAUGUGUAAAUACUAACAAGAAAUGCUAUCAAGCGUUUAAAAAAAGAGAAUAAGACACCUGUGAUACUUCUCACUAAGAACAUAGUUUGUAUAUAUCUUGUUUUAGAAAUGCUUUUGUUCCAAAGUGAAGAAUCUUUGUGAACAGAUGCUAUUGUUCUCUUGCUAGGAUUGUAACAAUGAGCACGUAGCGAGGGAAAGUAGCUCCAAUAAUAAUGACCUGAUCAUGACAGCCAAGAAAAUUGUCCCCUUUCAUAGCUUAAAACAAGUACCGGGAAUUGGGAAUUAAUUCAGUCAGCUAAGGUAACUGGUUAAUUUUACUGUGAAUCCAACACUAAAGAUUAAGAUUAUAAUUGACAAUGGACAAUACAUCCAUAAUUUAUAUUUAAUAAUGAUGUAACAGAAAGGCAUGCUUUGAUAUAGGUAUGCAAAUUGAGCUGGUAAAUAUACAUGAAGUAAGCUGACACGUUAAUGCCUUUGUGUGGUUUAUAUUAUAACUGUAUAUCAUCCUAUGUAUCAACUGGGCUGGCAGAAUACACUUCAGAUGUCCAAAACUGUAAUAUAGCAGGGAUGGAGUCUUUCUCAAGUGCUGCUAAUGUUAUAUAUACACUGUAUAUAUACAUUAAUAACUGUCCAUUUUUUUUCCAAUUACAAAUACAUGUUACACAUGUACAUGCUGUUGCCUUACUGCGAAAGAAAUGUCCAUUAUAUAAAAAGAUAAAUGUUUCAAGCUUCUAAGUAUAUUUUUUUAUAACAAAAAAACUAUAACUAAUGGGUUAUUUUAUAAUUACAUGUACUUGGUAGUGAUAAAGUAUUCUGUACAUAUGUUACACCGUUGUGUUUUACUUGAUAAAAUAUGGCUGCACUUUAUGUACAUUGUAUGUAUUACUUGGCACUGUUUAACUGUUACACAUAUUACUGAACAUUACAGUUAGGAAGUCAUUAUUUUUAUAUUUCAUCCUGGCUGUUUCCUAGAGCUAAAGUUAGAUAAGUGUUAAUAGCUAUUGUUUAAUAUCAUUAUUACACAUAAACACCAAUUUGCUGUUGAAAUUUUAUAAUUAAUUUUAUUUUCAAACCUGGUUAUUUGUGUGAGUAGGUCUCAAAUUGUCCAUGUUAUUUAAACAAAAAAUAUCCAUUGUUGGCAGAUUUGUUGUGGUGGCUCAACUUUCAUUGUUAGGCUGUCUGUGAUAUGUGUAAGUAAAUCAGUAAUAUUUCAUACAAAAGACUUACUUGUGUUGGUGAAUUUAGAAAACCUCAAGGUCAAAAGCAUAUGAAUGCAUUUAUAUUAAUUUUAUAACCUUUAACCUUGUAAAUUCUAAAGUGUUUGCCUUUCAUUAAUUGUGAACAUGUAGCACGUUUAUGUUGACAUAAUCCCAAAUCAUUUACGGUGUAGGUGUGUAGCUCUGUAUGAAAUAUAUCUGUUUUACACUUUACUGGUAUCGCUGUUUUACUUGUCCCUCUAAUGAGCUGGUGAACAGGAAUAUCAUCUUUCGGGAGUCGCCUACAAAUUAAUCUGCCAUAAAAAAUGGAUUAUGUUCAAACUUUAUAUGAAAAAAUAAAAAAUAUGUAUUUGUAAAAUAUGUUU